AUGGCCAUGGCGUUUCCCACCCCGGCCUCAGCGCCGCAGCCUGUCACGUCGGGCAUCGACCUCCGCGAGAUGGAGGAUCUCAUCCGGCGUGUCCGUGGUACCCAGCUGUACAAUCGACAGCUAUCAUCCAUAUGUCAGGUUAACGGACUUAAGAGCACUGGCGUCAAGGCUGAUCUUCAGCGUCGCAUCACAGACCUCGUCCAGGAGACGUACAACAACAACGAAGUCUCGCGAUACCAGCAGGUCCGGCAUAGCAUAUUGAAUGCUAUCCCUAAACGACAAAGCCCGCAAGGUCCCGCGAACGGCUUUGGCGCAUCACAAGUGCCAGCAACGCCAGGAAUGAAGGUCCCCGGUGGCAGCAGCGUCGGCACCAACGGCCACGCCGCUCAAGGUACGAUGGGCGGUGGUCCUGCCCGUGGCAGUGCGCCGGAUUCCUCAACGGGUGGGCUCAUAUUCCAUUCGAGUCCGUUUUACUCCGUGGAGAUGACCGUAACAAGCAUCUACACUUGUCCCAUAAUGACUCAACACCGCAACAGCAUCCACAUGACCGUCAGACUGAGCGACAGUCCCGCUCUUCAGAAAUGCGUGGAUGAUUGCUCGUACCGUGUCAUGCUCUUCUGUGCCGGCGAGGCAACGGGCGUGCAGCACGUUGCUUUUCCGCACCAGUCGGAGAUCAAGAUCAACGGGGGCGAAUUCAAGGCCAACCUGCGCGGACUCAAGAAUAAGCCCGGGUCUACUAGGCCUGUGGAUAUCACGAGUGCCUUGCGUCUAAGAUCUAGCUAUACCAAUAACAUCGAGUUUACCUACGCGUUGACGGCUAAGGUCAAGUCUGUCCCAGACCUUGUGGCGGUCAUUUCCACGCGACAGAGGAUACCGAAGGAGUCUGUCAUUUCGGAGAGUAAGUUUUGCGGUCUCUUCCUUGCUGCUACUAUAUAUUCUCUAACAGGGGGGGUGCGGGAAAUAGUCAACAAGAAGGCCAUGGACCCAGACGUCGUGGCAGUCUCGCAGGUGCUCUCACUCAGGUGCCCGCUCACGUAUAUGCGGCUCGACGUGCCUUGCCGAGGCACGCAGUGCAGCCACAUCCAGUGCUUCGACUCGACAUCAUACCUGCAGCUGCAGGAGCAAGGGCCACAGUGGACAUGCCCGAUCUGCAGCAAGUCUGUUCCCUUCGAGCAGCUUGCCGUGGACGAAUACGUCAAGGAUAUACUACAAAAGACGGGAAAGGACGUAGAAUCUGUGAUCAUUGAGCCCAACGGACGAUGGUCACUCAAACCCGAAGAUGACAACCACGCGCGAAGUCGAAGCAGCAAAAACAACAACAACAACAACAACAACUCAUCAUCCGGCAAUGGUGCCGGCGAUGACUAUGGUGACGACGACGACGACGAGCUCGAGAUAUCGGAAGUCGGCUUUGUAGGCGGUGUGGGUAGCAACAGCAGCAGCGCGCGGCGGGUGGACAGCACACCGAAAUCUACAUCCACGCCGUCCCAGUCCUUCACCACGCCCAAUCGGACCAGCGGCGCAGACGGACUGUCAUCACGCCCGUAUGGCCCGACGAGCGCAAAGCGUCCUGCCCCGGCCGUCAUCGACCUCACAAUCUCGUCCGACGAGGAUGACGAGCCCGACCGACGGCCUGCCAAGAGGCAGAAUAGGGGGACGAAUGGGUAUUCUGGCAACAUGGAUUUCCUAGCAGAUGCUACAUUUUGA